CGAUAUUUUUAUUUUUCAACACCGCUUAUGUAAGAUAUAUAACCUGAUCAAGAUUUCAUUUGUGUCUCCGCUUUCCACUGGUUUAGAAAAGAUGAUGCUAUGGUUUUACUUUGUUUGGUAUCUCUGGUCUUCUGCCGUUCAUGUUCAUGGCCAGUCAGGCUUCAUAAGCAUCGACUGCGGCAUACCUGAAAAUUCACCUUACAUAGAUAAAGUUACCCAUAUAUCAUAUUUCUCAGACGCUGAAUUCAUAGACUCUGGGAUGAACAGCAAUAUCUCUGAUUUGAUGACUAAUGAUGUCCCAGACCAAUUCUCAAACGUUCGAUACUUUCCUAAUGGAACUAGGAACUGUUACACGUUAAAAAACCUUAAUAAGGGUAGCAAAUAUCUGAUUAGAGCUUCCUUCAUGUACGGUAAUUACGAUGGUAAGAAUCAAGUGCCAGAGUUCAAACUCUAUCUGGGGGCCAAUCUGUGGGACAAAGCGCACUUAGAGAAUGCAUCUCACAUACUGCGGAUGGAAAUCAUCGUGGUCGCCUCGCUGGAUUUUGUGUCCGUUUGUCUCGAAAAUAUCGAUCGUGGCAUACCUUUCAUAUCGGUACUUGAAUUAAGGUUUCUCCCUGAUGAAAUCUACAGUGCUGAUAUGGGUUCCGAGGCAAUGGUGAAUGAAUCUCAAUCACUACUACUCUUUGAUCGUCGCGAUCUUGGGUCCACCAACGGUCAGGAAAUACGGUAUGCAAUUGAUGUUUUCGAUCGCAUCUGGUCAGCUGAAAGCCUGGAGGGUUCUGAACCUUUUGCCUCCCCGACCAUUAUAAAAAACAACAGUGAGGGUUUCCAACCACCAUCGGCGGUGGUGAGGACAGCAGUUAGGCCACUCAACGGUGGUGAUGUCAUCUACUUCAAUUGGACGGUUUCUGAUCCAGGUUUGCAGUUUCAUGUUUUCAUGCACUUUGCGGAAAUCGAGAAAGUUGAGAAAAAUCAGUGGAGAGAAUUCAACGUUUGUUGUAGCGUUUGCUAUAAAAGUAAUUACAGGCCUAGCUUUCUAACGGCUUUAACGGUGUACACGGCCCACCCAUUGAGCGGCCACCAUCAUUACUCGUGCUCCGUCCGAAAGACAGCAGCUUCCACACUUCCGCCUAUCCUCAAUGCAAUCGAGGUAUAUACGGUCAGAAAGCUCUCGGAAAUAUCGACGGCUAUCCAAGAUGUUGAAGCUAUGAUGAACGUAAAAGAACGGUAUAGAGUGAAGAGAAAGUGGAUGGCCGAUCCAUGCGUCCCAACUCAUUACAUGUGGGAAGGCUUGAAUUGCAGUUACAAUGGUUCCAAUCCUUACAGAAUUGCCUCUCUAGACCUCGCUUCCAGUGGAUUGAGCGGUGAAAUAGCAGAUUCUCUAGCCGAACUUACAUCUAUCCGUCGCUUGGAUUUAUCAAGCAAUAAUCUGACCGGCCCAAUACCCGAUUUUCUAGCAGACCUACCACUCCUGGAGUAUCUAGAUUUAUCAAGCAACAAGCUUACAGGAUCCAUUCCUAUUCGUCUUUUGCAAAAAUCCAGAAAACGGCUACUAACACUGAGUGUUGAUGACAACCCAAAUCUGUGUCUAUCGGAAUCGUGUCAAACUAAAGGCAGAAACCUUAUUCUGAUUACUGCGGUGGUCCCAUCAGUCGUGGCGGUCCUGUUAAUUGCAGUGAUCAUCAUAUGGAGAUUUAUAGAGAGAAGACGAAGAGCGAUGGAGCCCCACAACGAAGAAGUGUCCUUGGUUUUGGACAGUCGACAUUUCACAUAUGCUGAAGUGGUGAGUAUGACCAACGACUUCCAAAGGGUCAUCGGCAAAGGAGCAUUUGGGACCGUCUAUCAUGGCUACAUGAGAGAUGGUGCCCAAGUCGCGGUCAAGAUGCUCUCUCAAACAUCAUCUCAAGGGUCCAACGGAUUCCGUACUGAGGCCCACCUCUUGAUGAGAGUUCAUCAUAGGAAUUUGGCCAGUUUCAUGGGGUACUGCGAUGAAGGUUCCAACAUGGCACUCAUCUACGAAUACAUGGCUGAAGGAAACCUAGCAGAGCAUCUCUCAGAAAGAAAUGCGAGAGUAUUAAGUUGGGAAGAGCGGCUCCGAAUAGCACUUGAUGCUGCACAAGGAUUGGAGUAUUUGCACACUGGUUGCAAGCCACCAAUAAUUCAUAGAGAUGUGAAGCCGGCGAACAUUCUCUUAAAUGAGAGACUAGAGGCAAAGUUAGCAGAUUUUGGCUUGUCCAAGAUUUUCCCAAACGAGGGAAUUACUCACAUUACGACGGAGGUUAUGGGCACGCCAGGAUACCUUGAUCCAGAGUAUUGCAUUACAAAUAAAUUGAACGAGAAGAGCGAUGUUUAUAGCUUUGGGAUUGUGCUGUUGCAACUAAUCACAGGCCAACCAGCAAUAAGUAAGAGCUCGGAGCCAAUCCACAUAGUUGAAUGGGCGUGCCCCAUUCUUGCGAGAGGGGAUAUACAAAAUGUGGUCGAUACAAGGUUGAAGAAAGAAUAUGAUACUAUUUCCGUGUGGAAAGCUUCAGAGAUAGCAAUGGCAUGCACACCAUCCACCUCCAUCCAAAGGGUGACCAUGAACGAUGUCGUAACUGAUCUGAAAGAGUGUUUGGCAAUGGAGACCGCUCGCAAAAGGAUUCAAAGCGAGUUUGAAAACAAAUCGAGCUGUUCAUCUGGAUCGGUUUGGAUGGAUACAGAUUCAGAAAGUGGUCCUUUCCCAAGAUAGGAUUUAGAAAUGCAAAAUAUUUCAUGAUCUCAUCAUGGAAGAUGAAAUGGAGAAAAUAAAGAUAUCAAAUUUCCAUAGCAUUACUAGGUCUUCUCUUUUCCUUUGUGUUGUCUUUCAAGUAUUAAUCCGUUUGAUUUUUUACUUAAAAUAGAAGUUAUACAAAAGACUACCACAUUUGUAGUGAUUUCUUGUGGAGA